AACAUGUAGUGCCAUCUACUUCUAAUCCGGUAUUUUCUAUUUGGAAUAUUAACAUUUCGCUUCAAGUGAAAUGAAAGCUAAUGGCUGCUGUACUCUAAUCACGAAACAGCUGAUAUGCGUCUUUUAGUAUUACAAGAAAAUUGGUCUUUUCUUUAAAUUCAUUGCUUAAACUUGCUUAGAUGAAACGUUAUUUGUGCAACAACUUUGUGUGGAUAGCAGGAUGUCACUGACCAUACAGCAAAUAAUUUUGGAUGCUAAACGACUCGCAGGCCGCCUCAAAGAGCGCGAAACUGAAGCUGAUGCUUUGCUGACCGAAACUCAGACGGCUUACAGACAAAUACAUACGAUGAAACAGUAUAAAGAGGAAGUUGAUACAUUGAAUGAGGCAUCAAGAGAACGACCACGGGGCGCUCUGAUCGCCAGCAUUGAGCGGGAAUCACGGCUGAUGCGAGAUGUACAACGCGAGAAUGGGGAACUACGAGCAGCAUUGGAAGACCACAGACGAGCACUGGAACUCAUCAUGUCCAAAUACCGACAGCACACUGAGAAGAGAAUAUGGGAGUCACGGAUAGACUUCACAAAUGCUAUCAAUGAAAAACAACAAGAGCUAAUCAGACAGCAAACAGAAAGGAUCAAUGAGAUGACAAGCGUAAUGUACAAAGCCGUGACUCUAGAUGAGAAUGGUGAAGCAAGAAAAGUUGAGGAACUGUACCAAAGGCUCAUAACAGAAAAUAAGGGUUUGAGAGAAAUGUUAGAUCUGUCAAGUAGAUAUGGGUCGGACCGUCCGUGCGUCCCGCCCACCGAGGACAAGGACGUGCAGACAGACGGGCCGCCGCUGCCAAGCGCGUGACGGCCCGCGGUCGAGCCCUGCAGCCUCUGAACACGCGGCGCGCACCGCCCGGCCGCUGCCUCGCCGCGUCGCUCUCAUAGGUAGUCAACACACUUCCUGUCCGCACAUUUGAAAACUUUACAGCACGGACUCCUGUACUCAAUAGUGUGUACAUAACAACUGCGUAACUUGUGUCCAAUAUCUAUCUGAACAUUAGAUGCCGAAACAAUAGGAAAAUUUAUAGAUAUCGAAAUUGCAAUAGCUACGAAACUUGCGUUUGUAUCGUGCCACAUAUUAGAGGCUUUUCGAUAUUACCUUGUUGGGCGUCUGCCCCUAAUGAUACAGUAAUCUUACGUAGAUUCGUUCAUUGGUUGAAUGACAUUGUACGCCUGAGAGGCACUUGCUGUGAUAUGACUAGCAGGAUAUCAUCCACUUAUGACUAGUACUUACUGUCCGUUUUGUGUGGUGCGGCUACUUGCAAAUGUGAUGUUGGAACUAUGUCAGAUGUGCAGGCAGGGUGUAAAUGUUUUGCUGACAACAGUCACCGUUCCAGUAUACAACUUGUAUUUUAUUGUUACUCACAGGUUUUGGAUCUUAGGUCUUUUGACAUUACGUAUCUUUCAGAUUCACAUUCAUUUAAACGAAUGUGAGUGUUACAAAUUUAAUACAGCGAACAACAAUGUAGCUAUAAAACAUUCGGUUUCUUAUUUGGUUGUAUUUGAUGUUAAAUUAUUAUGAAUAGGAAUAUAUUUAAAAGGCGUUUCCAGUUUAGAGCUCAUGUUAAAUAUCUAUAAUUGAUGAAAUGUAUCGUGUUCACGCAACAUCUUUAUUAAAAAUGCCCUUUGUGAGACCAAAUCACUGUAUGGCAGAAACUGUGAUCUUAAGUAUUGCACUGUUAAGUUAGACUUUUUGAUUCAAUGUGCUUAGCUCACCUAAACACUCAAUUACUUAUAAUGUCAUGUGUUGUAUGAUUAUCAUUUAAAUCCCAUUUGUUCUUGAUAGCUAUUCAUGUAUCUAUUUCUUAUAUAAUACCUAUUUAGUAUUUACUAAUGCUUGCAACAUCAUGGCAUGUGUGGUUGGACAUAAGCUCAUUUAGAUUUUAUAUUUAUGUCAAUAAUAUUAAAUAUAUGAUUUAAUUGUAAUACUCGACGUGUACCUACCAUAAAUACGUUUUAAAUUCUAGGGAAUGUACUUUGUUUAACAUGAUCUUAGAUUUCUCGAAUUUCAUUAAUUAGAGUUAAAGAAAUUGUAACAUUAAUUUAUCGCUGCAGUACUCUUUGGACCUCCCUUGCAUGCUUGCAGUAGGAUGUAAUGUUAAUGGUCGCAGCGAUUAUUAUCAUCACCUACCAAAUCACAUGAUUUACUAGUCAAUUCAUAAAGUGCAGGUCAGGUACUGUAUUUACACUACAUAAGGUUUAUAUUUAUUUCAUAUUGUUGAAUUGUAGUUAAAAUAGAAGAUACAUAAAACGAUUGUCAUCUGGUAUGAUAGUUGUGCGUGCAGGUUGACUGCGAUAGUGUACAUCAGUUAAGUAUUUACUUAAAUAUGCAAUAUUUUUUCAUGUAAUUUAGUGGGAUCAGCUUUGAAUGUUAGCAUAUUGGUAGUUGAAAAGUUGUAGGCGAUUCUUUGUAGGGAAAUUCGUAAAAUCUUAAUAAUGCCAGAGGCAUAAUCAAGCAAUACACUAUGAACUGUUACGUAUAAGGAAUCUACAUAAAUCUUGUUGGGAUCCACUUGAUAAAAUUAUUUAGUGUACAAUACUAGUGGUAGCCGGCUGGUCUUACACCUCAUACAUAGGUAUCGUCAUGACGGAUAAGGAACAAAAUACUUUCGAUAUGCUCAUUGUGACGUGGCACUGCACUACACUCAUUUUAAUUUUUCGAGAUUUUGAAAUCUUAUUAUGAUAUAAAUAUUAAAUAUGUACCUUGUUAUAUAAAAUUAACUUUGACCCUUUUUUUUCCCCUUAUAUCGGGUUGUAUUGUUUAUCGUCGUUAUUAGAACCGGUUUUAAUCAACCACCAAUGAAGAUUUAAAUUAAAUAUUGCGUUAAUAUCUUUUCUUAUGUAGUAUAUAAGUAACCUUGUUAAGAUAAAAUUAAGAGUGCUUACUGUACCUUUUAUUUGUAAACUCGUGUUUUAUGGCCGUGACAGGCUAACACAUUUGCACAAAUAGCAGGAAAAAUUAAAAUUGUAUUGAAAUCAAUUGGAUAUUGCAAUAAUUGAAGAUAUUAAAGAUCACGAUUACCUAAAUAAUUAUUAUAGUAGAACUAUAAAAUUUACAGUAAAGCAAUUUUGGAAAGGAAAUAAAGAGAUCUUUGUUGGAAAACUAUUUUUACAGUUAGUUAUUUAGAUGUUAAAUUAUAUGUUAAGGUUUCUCAUAAUAUGGCUCCAAAAUAUAAAAAUAAUUCAUAUACAUAUAAUUGUAUGUUUAUUAAAAUGUACAUGCUUGUAUGGAGUUUAAAUAAAAAUACAUGUAGUUGAAUAAUAAAAGUUAGACUUGUUUCUGCUUAGUUGAUAUGCAUUUAUAUUAUACCUCAAUAUUAGAAAUUAUACCUCCUGGAUAUUACGUUAUAUACUAGAUGGUUUCAUAUUCAUACCUAUGUGCUAAAUUUAGUUAGAAUCAAUUCCUUAUUGAGUAAAUUUCUAUGAGAUAUGUCCACUUGAGACUAGUUAUCGUUUUUUUAAUCUGGUAAUGCCGAUUAAAUUGGUAUAAAAAUAUUUUGGAAAUCUAGAAACACCUCUAUUAAAUGACGGUAGAGGUCACUAGUUUUUUCUGCUGUAGAACAACACUGUAGAGCAAAAAUGAUAAAUGUAUGUUUAAUUAAAAAUGUAAUUGAUAAUUAUAUGAUAAAAAGCU